UAGUGCCACUUAACAUCACUUUAAAAAAAAAGAUAGAAAUUGAUAAUAAAUGUCAUAAGAUGAUUGUGCAUCAUUAAGGGUUUAAAUGUUUCACGCAGUUUAUACUGUAGUGCAUAACAGUUUAAGAUUUCAUGUCAGUCUCACUUCAUUAUAAAAUGGAAAGAAUGAGCAGUUUAAGAAAUGUGCUUAAAUCAGCCGACUUUCCAAUAGUUGCUAGACUAUAUGAUACGCAGGAAAUUGCCGGGAAAAAUUUAAUCGAAGGGAAGGAAGUUUUGUUUCAAAGACAAAUGAAGGUGAAAUAUGCACAGGUGAAAGUGCUUGAUUUUAACAACAAGGAUGAAAUACAAGAAGAGAAAGGUGUUGAUUUCAUCAUGGAACACGAUAAUUAUGUUGGUAACAAAUUUUUGAUACCAAGUAAAUACACUGCAUCAUUGAAAUUUAUUCAUAGACCUGGAAGUUGGAAAAGAUUUGCUUCAAUUUCGCAGGUUCUUCUUGAAUUGCCAAGAUUCGUUCUUGUAGGAGAAGAAACAGUCGUCUCCCCAUCAAAUGGCAUUGGUAAAAAUGUCAUAAUUCCCGCCAAAACAGUAAUUGAAUUAGUGAGAAAAUUCACUGUCAAUGGCAUAACAUACCUUGAAUGUAAUGAUGGCUACACAUCAUUUUCAUUCAGCGAGACUGACCGAGUAAAUUUCACUGCAGUCGAAGAUGAAAAAUAUUACCAUAUGUACGAACUUGUGCGUAUGAAACUAUUGCCCAGACCAUUUCAAUUCAAAGAUGUGGAACCAGAAGAUGUUAUACACUUAAACGAGGAAUUAAACAGUGGAGUGUUGACAGUGGCUGAAGGACCUUUAGAUUUGAUGAAAUUUAUCGAUAUUGAUAUUGUCGUUGGUUGGUUAAGAGAUAGCUAUAAGAAGACAUAUAAAACUUUUAUAAUUCCAAGUAGGUUAUGGCCUGUAACCAAACUGGAGACGACAUCAUUUCCUGACCGACAAACAAAGGAUGCAUACAUUGAAAGCUGGUAUAACAAAUGUGUUAAUACAGACUUUGUGGAAAAGAAACUAUACGAAAUGUCAGAGGACGAGAAAAUAACAUGGCUUGCAAGUCCUGAUUUCUUUGAGCGAAGGUACUCGGGAAAUUGUAUGUUUAAAGUGGUUGCCAUUGGAUAUAUAGAUUCCGGUGAUGACGAGGAUGACGAUACUUAUUCUGACAUGUUUGACUGUCCUCCACCUAUUCCAGACAGACCAACACACAUUCCACCAAAUUUGCCACCUAGAGUUAAGGAGAAAGCCACAAUAUUUGCUAAAGUGCAUAAAGAGUUACUGAAAUGGGUCAUGCCCCAAACCAGUAAACAGAGGAACAUCCCAAAUGAAAACUUGAAAUUACAAGCGGGCGUUUCAGGAAAAGAUGAACACUCUAAUAACUACAAGAAACCACAAACAGAUGGGGCAAUGAAAGGUGAUAAAGGCAGGUACUUACACCCAAUUGAUAAUUCUGCUCACCAAGUUCAGUCAAAUAUGGACAUAAGUAUGGAUUUGUUACGCACGGAAAGUUUGUCUUCGUUUGAGGUAAGUUCAGAAUCUGAUUCUGAUACAUCUGAAUCUGAAUCGUCAAGCGACCAUGAUUAUGUCGAACCUGAAACAUUUGAAUAUCCUGAUAAGCCAGAAUUACAUGUUCAGUCAGUGGAAGUACAACCAUAUAAUUACUACACGGAACCAGAGGAAAUAGAUUCUGACGUGGCUGAUGACUACGAGGACAUUCCAAUGAAAGAAAGCCCGGCUGUUAUGAAGAGUUCCGAUUGUCUUGCCUCUUCAAAUGAUAACCCUUUGCUUUCGUUUGAACGCAACGGACAUAUUCCGAACGAUUCUACAUCGUCAAUACAGAGCAGAGAAAUCUUAAAACCAACUGAAGAAGAGUUUUAUCAGUAUUCUGUUUCAGAAACAUCACAAUGCUUUAAACUAUGUGGUAUUGCUGAGUUUGCAGAACAAUGUAACGAAUACAAACUUGAUGGUUCCUUUUUCAGACAAUUUGACCUGCAAACCCUUAGAGAAGAUCCUUUUAAUUUCACAAGCUUUCAAAUUUUGAAGAUAAAGAAAAUUAUAUUUGAAGGCUGGCGACCAAAAAUUGAUAAUCGAAAUUAAUAAAAGAAGUUUAUGAAAAGGAAAGGCGACAUAUUUAAUAAACAACCUCUAUAGAGUUAUUGAAGAUGACUAUUUAAGACAACUUUAUCACCAAUGAAAGAAAAUCAUCAGCUGUCGUUGUUCAAGGACAUAUCCCAUUUUAUUUCUUAAUUGUUAAAAUAUAACUGUUUUUUUUCUCAGUGUGUAAUUGUGUUAAGGAUUUUGUGUUUUUCUGUUCAAGCUGAGAUAUUGGGCGCUGUUGUGAUACGGUUAAUA